AUGGCCAAGGUUAGGUUACCCAGUCUUAACCCGACGUUGAGUUCUCUUGCCUCGGCCAUUCUAUGGCAAACCGGCUGGCCAAGGCUUGGUUGUCUAGUCUUGGCCCAGGCUUGGAUAAUUAUUGGGUUGGCCAAGGCUGAUUACCUAGUCUUGGCCCAAGCAUGGGCCAAUAUCGGUUCGCCAAGCUUGGUUGCCCAGUACUGGGCCAGGCAAGGCCCCAGUAUGAAGAGUGUAUCAUCACGGCGGCGUCAACAAAGAAAGCAACACACUCCAGGAGAUGACAGCGAUGAAAGCGAAUCUGACCCAGAUCAGUUAUCACGCUCCAGAACAGAAUCAUCAAACCAACUAGACACCGGCAAACUCAAACACAGUACGUUUCCCUCUCAAAAUAUCAUAUACCUUGAAAUUAAGGGGGAUAGCCACUGGGAUUAUUCUCCUAAAUUUUUAUCAGAAAAUACCAUGUUGUUACAAAGUUAUUAG